AUGAAAGGUCGGCCGUGUGAAUUGUCGGCCAUGUCAUUUGUUCCGAAAAACAGGAACGAUUUACCUCCGGAUCAAACAUUUUACAAUACUCCCGACUUCCUGAACGAUAAAAAGAAGAAGAAUUCAACCUUCGACAGACUUUUUAAAAUAAAAGACGGUUACAAUCAAAAGGUGCAUCGCGAUGAUCGAGAACACUUCAAUUCAGUUGGUUUAAAUGUACACCAAGAGGAGAGUAAUAAGAUCGUUCCUACUCUAUCGUCUACAGAAUACGGACAUCGUCUGCAGCAUCAUCUGGAAGACCGAGAUCGUGAUCAUGUUCGAGUUGAAACUGUCAAAGCUGAAUUUUACACACGUCACAAAACUUCUUAA